AUGUCUCUUCAACAAUUCCAUAAUGCUCCAUUCGCUCUUGCAUCGUUUUCAUUAAUCCAAUUUGGUAGCAUAGUUGCUGAGAAUCUCGGUGGAUUAGAUAGUGAUGAAUCAGGAUCUGCCAAUAAUAACGAUGAUUCAUCCCCAAAGGAUAAGGCCACAGCUACUGUGAAAGGGAAAACUGAUACUGCUAAGAACACCAAUACAAAUACGAACACAGACACAGGCACAACCAAUACAGCCGGAACGACCGAUACCACACAAGAAACGACCCAAAAACCAGAGACAAAUAUUGCCACCACUACUACCAACACUGACAAAGUUACCUACAACCAAUGGGGUUUCACAGGGUCACAAUCUGUUUGGGGUGAAGAAACAAAGACGGUCAGUUUAGGCUCAUCUGAAUCAAGUUCGGCAUCUCAUUCCACCCAUUCUGUUAAAGGGAACAAAACAUCGAAUGCGAAUAGAAUUAGUGAUAAUAUAGUUAGCUAUGAUGGUUUAAGUAAAAAGACAUUCUUGAUUGCUAGCUUAAUAGGAAUAAGUGCAUACAUCAGUGCUUUGUAG